AUGUUUGCAGCAAAUGAUUCUGAAACAGAAAUUUAUUAUGCCUCGGAGUCACCACCAGAUCUCGAAAGUGAUUUAGAAGAAAACAAUGCGCACGACGAAGAUUUAGAGGCCGCAAACGACGCUGUUGAAGAUCUGACAAACCGCCGUAAUCAUAGCGAUUUCAACACAACAAAUAUGGAUUUGGACGGGGAAUACACUUCUGAAGACGAAGAACAACGUCAGCAUAUUUCACCAGCACCUGGACAUGCUUUUCAACGUCUUAUCGACCCAUACAAUACUCGUCACCACCGUAGAUCGUCGUCACAACGCAUUCGUGGAUUCUCACCACUAAAUUCGCGGUUAUUGCGAAGGACAAAUGCCAUUACACCUUCUUUUCUUACACAGCACAUAAAAAAUAAUAACGAACUCGGAUUAAAAAAUAUUAAUGGUGCAGGUUCAAAGGAAUUGGGACAAUUUCGGUUACCAGAGUCAAGUUUCUUGCGUGCUGGGAUGACUUUUUCAGGAACACAAAAUUUGAUGAAUACACAACAACCUUCACAAAGGGAUGAAGAAUGGGAAGUCAAAGUGACUGUUCAUUAUGUAAAUUACAAGACUGGUACCGCAAUUGGAUUAAUGGAAGCUUUAAAUGUACCAAACAGUUCAAAUACUGUUGUCACAUAUUGGGAAGGUGAAAUGAUUGAUUUUGUAAACCACUCACUUUGGACAGAUAAAUGGAAUUCAACUCCCGAUAUUGAUCUUCAACAUUGGAAAAAAUUUGAUGCUUUUCGUCAAAUGGAUGUUCGAAGAGGGACUCCCACUAAAGAGUGGUUCCAAGAAGCAUGGCAAAAAUAUAUAUUUAUGAGAUGGAAAGAACAUUAUUUUGUCAAUGUGACUGCUCAGGAAAGUGGGUUGACUAUUGCAGGGUUUUAUUACAUUUGUAUCAGGAGAAGCGACGGAACGAUCGAAGGUUAUUAUUUCGAUCCAGUAUCUACGCCUUAUCAAAAGUUAACUCUUAAACCUUUAUUGAAGGGCAAUGUCACUUCCCAAUUACAUUGUGAGUGGUCAGCAGAACUUCGCCGCUGCCGUAUUUGUUAUACCAUAGAAAUACAAAUUCCUUUCUUUCAAGAUGGAAGGUGUUCAUAUGCUGACUCCAAACAUGAAGUACUUGGAUAUCUUGGUGGAACAUGUGAUGUAGAUCGAUUGGACAACAAUACUAUUGUUUGUCAUGUUAGUCAAUUCGUUGCAUCCGAAAGAGUUGUUACUUCGUUGCUGACUGAUACUGUACAAGAAGUUGAUCAAGCUCGUGAAGAUGCGAUAAAUACAUUCAAAAAAAUGGGACUUGAGUUUAUAGGCUGGUAUCGAAGCAAUCUUGACUCAAAUUCUAAUACCAUUCCCACACAAUAUGACAUAAUCAAACAGCAGACAAUACAAUCACAGUAUCCGGAUAGUGCGGGUAUAAUUGUAUCAAUGUCUACCAUAUCUUGUCCUCCAAUUAAUAUAAGAGGAUUAAUUUCAGAAAGAUCUAUAAAUGCUUUGUGUGUUUUUCGGACUGUAGAAACAAAUACUAGUAAUAAUACCAAUUUUCCUUUAUCUCAAACUGUCAAAUCAAAAAACAGAAUUUUGAAGGGUAAAGGAAAAGAGGAUUCAAAAGCUAACAAAGUUAUCUUUACCGUCAACCGACAAAUGUACAUGUGUUCAAACGUUAUGCAACAACUGAAUCACGCUUUGAUGACAGUUCUCCGCGAGAUUAAACAAACCUAUUCUGGUCAGGUUCUAGAUUGUGAUAAUAGGAUCGGACAACGAAUAUUUGUUGAUUCUCAACAUGAAUCAUUUCUUAUGAAUUUUCUUAAAAAAAGUGUGCUUCAGUUUGACAGAUCUAUAGAUCAGGAUUUCAGAUCUUUAGCUGUAGCCAAACAUCAUGUCAAGACACUUAUAAUGAAACGGGUCAACGGCGCAUUAGCAACCUGUCAAAGUCAUAGUGUUAAUAACGGAAAUGAUGUACAUCUGAAGCGGAAAAAGCUCGAAAAAUUAAUAGAAAAGCUUGUUACUCAACGCAUGGCCAGAAAGGAAAUAGGCGGUAAAAAGUCAGAAAAUGUUGACGAUGUAGUUCGAUGGACUAAUCCUAAAUCAUCGGAUAAUGAUCGACAGAAUAAUAGCGAAGGCGUUGAUGGUGACACGAAAAUAACUCAAGAUCCAAGUUUAGAAGUUUGUGAGAAUUCGCCAUCAAUAAUUACUCCAGUAAAGCAAUCUUUGAAGAAAGCUUGCACGGAUUCUUCUCGAAACACGCCGAAUCCAAAAAAAAUCAAGUUUAGCACACCUUCCACCAUAUCUUUUGGAGGAAAUCUUGCACAAGCUGCAUCUUUUCCUGAAUCAAAACCGUUUACCGGUUCUGGUUCUACCUCGAUAAUGAGCGGAUCAUCCACUUUUAAUUCUAAUCAAAAAAAUACAUCUUCUAUCAUGCAAUUCUCUUCAUCUACACAACAAACUGUCACAUCAUCACCAACAUUUACACCAAUAACGUCCUCCUCAUCGACUCAUAAUAUUUCAAUUUCUACAAAUAAUCCGGCGCAAGCUCAAAGUAACAGGCUUCAGUAUCCACCAAUUAAUACGUACCAAUAUUCUGCAAAUUGUUAUCGACCAUUUCAUAAUACUUCUGAAGACUUAUCUACAAAUAUUCAUCAAUCUGUUCCCUGUAAUGAUAACAAACCUCUAAACGGUCCUCCGGGAACCUGUGUAAAUUUACCUAGUAUUCAAGGAUUACUUGAAAUCACAAUUGUUGUAAAUCCAAACAUUCCAGGAGUUGUACAUACACCAUUUUCGAUUCCUUAUCAAAAUAAUUUUUACUCAUUUGGUUCUCCGCAAUUGCCUCAAACAGGAACCCAUUCGAUUGUGGCACCAAUGCCACAACAUUUACAUCAAAUGAAUUCUUCUACACCGCAGUCUUCAACUCAAAGACAUUACAUUCCAAUUGCACCUUCACCUACAACGACGGCGGGAAAUCGACCACCUUUGCCAUCAUCCUCGCCCGCAGCUACCAUAUAUACAACUACAAGUCACCGUUCGUAUCCUGCAAACUAUCAUGAGUGGUAG